UCGGCAGCUCAGUGCGGGCACAACCGCAGGCCCCGGCACUCGUCGCCGAAUUCAAACUACUGUUUCACACACGGCAUACUAAAACUAUAUCAUCGCAUUUUACGUUUAUCAAACCGGGCUGACGUCGGAAAAUUUUCGGGAAAAUUUCGACGAACAUUAAAAUUUUGAAAAAAAAGUUGAUGCUGUGUCUGAUAACGAUAACAAUAAUGAAGCUGAUAACAACGUAAUGAUGUGGAAAAUAUGAGGGAAAAUGCCUUGGAACUGCCUGUGGGGGUACGAGCCGCCGGGUCCGGAGUGCCAUGUGAGCGGGCCGCUGCAACUCUUGCUGCAGAAGGAGGGCGUGGGGCAGGCGCACGCGUGGCGCAGCAAGUCGUUCCGCAAGGCCCGCCCGUGCCACUGGUGCCACCAGCCCGUCAGCCAGGGCUCCUGCUGCAGAGUAUGCAAAUACGUCUGUCACACGGCAUGUGAAAAGAAGGUGUCGGAGAGCCUGGAGCCGCCGGAGCCCCCGCAGCUGAAGCAGCCGCUCGCCGCACAGCCUUCCGAUGCGGCGCGGUUCACGGACACGAGCUGGCAGAUCCACCGCAGCUGGUCCCGCGAGCCCCCGCCCGUGUCGCCGCCCCCGCGCGCGCCCGCCCCCGCCCUCACCCCCGCGCUACGGGGCAACCAGAAUGGCAUCUACGACACCAUCACUCCUCGGGCGGUGAGUGCCCCGGCGACGCCGGCUACUUUCGGCUUUUCGAGAGAUCAGCAUGGCGUCCGCUCAGUCAGCUACCCGGGCGAGGGCGGCGGGCGGCUGGACCUGUGCUACGUGGCGGAGCGCAUGCUGGCCCUGCACCUGCCCGAGCGGGACGCUCACGCCGAGGCGCAGGCUGCCCACAUGCUCACUAACAAACAUGGAGAACACUUUAUGGUGUUCGAAGUGAGCAGUGAAGGCAGCAGCUCGGGGCGCCUGGCCCGCAGCGUGUUCGGCCGCGCGCGGUCGCUGGGCUGGUCGGGGGACCUGGCGCCUCCGCUGGAGCGGCUCUGUGCCGCCUGCAAGCAUAUCGAGAGCUGGCUGGCGGCGCAUCCGAAGAAUGUCGCUGUGCUGUUGGCUUGGGGCAACAGAGAGCGGCUAGGCGUGCUAGUAGCGGCCUACAUGCACUACUCGGCUAUAUGCGGAGCCCCAGAGCACGCGCUCGACCGCUACGCCAUGAGGCGGUACCUCGACGACCGCGUGCCGGUGUUCCAGCUGCCUUCGAAUAAGAGAUACAUCGACACGUUCGCGGGUCUGCUCGCGGGUCAGAUACGGGUCAACGCGGCCCCGCUGCACCUGACCCACGUGUCAGUCGCGGGUCAACUGGCCUCCCCCUCCUCCCCCUCCAUCGCUUUCCUCAAGAUCUACGAGAACUUCGUCUGUGUUUAUACUUCUGGUCUCUACAUGCUAAGCGGCGGCGGCUGGACAGUCGGCGUGGGACGCCUCUCCCUCCGCGGCGACGUGCUAGUCCGAGCCUAUCGCCGUCCCGCUCACUCGCACGCACAGCGCCACCUGGUGUUCGCGUGUCAGUUCCACACGUGCGCCGUCGCCGACCACACGCUGUCGUUCACUAAGCCGCAGCUUGAUCACGCCGCUCACGACCCGUCGUUCCCCCGCGACGGGGCGGUCGAGCUGGUGUUCCUUCGAGGCGAGGGGGGCGCUGGCGCGGCGCCCGCCCCCACCCCCGCCGCGCCCCUGCGAGCCGCCCCCGACGCGCUGGCUAGAGAAGACUCGCUGGAACAUCUGAGGCCGCUGUCUACUAUCACUGAUGAUGAUGCUGGUGAGAACGUGACGGGGUCGGGGUCGGGGUCGGGUGGGUCGGCGGGCGAGGCGGCGGACGCGGCGGCGCACACGUUCGGGCCGCUGGACGGGUCCAUCUACGCGACGGUGGUGCGCGCGGGCGGCGUGCCCUCCUCCCCGCUCAGCGCGUCCAUGGACUCGGGCAUCUCGUCGGCGGGGCGCCGCGCCGCGCCCUCGCCGCCCGACGAGCUCGACGCGCUGCUGGGCGACAUGCUGCGCACGGUGAGCGCGCUGCCCGACGCGCCGCAGUCGCGCGCCGGCCGCCAGCCCGACAUCCCGUACCACGCGCGCGCCGACUCGGCCCCCUUCACGUACGGCACGGCCGGCCUGUCCCCCGGCAUGCUGCGCGCGCCGCACCGCCUGGCCAGCCCCGAGCUGGUGCGCCGCGCGCUGGGCCGCCCCGGCUACCGGCCCAUCGACGACGACGACGAGCCGCCGCCGCCCUCGCCGCGCCCGCAGCUCUCCACCCUCAAGAAGUUCACGCACGAGGAUGUUACCACCACCACCUCCCCGCAAACAAUCACCAAUGGCAGAUGGCUGAAUGGCGAAACAGAAUGGGCAGAGCGGCCGCCUAGUAGACAGAAAACUCCGGAGAAUGGUACUUGGAGAUCGAACAGUACGCUGGGCUGGCAGGAGAGCUCCCGGCUGCGGGAGCCGCGGCGGUCCGAGGGCAGCAACGAGGGGUCGGGGCUGACCUGGCUGCAGCGGCAACAGCAGAAGCUGCGGGAGAAGCGGGAGGCGAGGGAACGCGUUCAGAGGUUACCGCUCGAGUGGGACGCGCCUUCUCGACAUGUGCGAAGAUCAGCCAGCCACAGAGUGGACGGCUACACGAGCGACACGACUGCGUUCGCCGACGACGACGACGACUUCAGCGUGCCGCUGCACGUGAACACGCGCGCCGCGCUGCGCACCGACAGCCUCAGCCCGCAGGCGCCGGACAGAACAUCGUCCAGAAAGUUCAUGUACGAACAGAAGAUGGUGACGCGAGAAUGGAGCACCACCAGCACUCCCAACGGGUCGACGACCCCCGGGCUGCUGUCUCUGGCAGAACCCAUCAACGGCAACGACACCCUUAGUUUACGGGAACGCUCCGAGAGCUGGUCCCGGUCGGAGUCUCGAGCCGGCACGCCGCUGUUCCCGACGCACCCGCGCACCCCCUACCCGCCCACGCCGACGCCCUCCGUCGCCGCGCGCCCGCCGCGGUCGCCGCCUGUCACCAGAAAAGAGCGCGAGACAAGUCCAGAGUCCGAGUACCGGAUCUACGCGGGCGCCGGCUCCCGGCGGUCCAGCGUGAGCUCGGAGCUGCAGCACGUGGCCCCGGACAGAGUGCGCUUCGCCCGGGACACCAGCCACUACUGGUACAAGCCCAGCAUCAAUCGCGAUGACGCAAUAUCCGCGCUCCAAAACCUAGAAGAAGGCUCCUUCAUCGUCCGCGACUCGAACUCGUUCCCGGGCGCGUUCGGCCUAGCAGUCCGGGCGUCGGGCGGCGUCAGACACUUCCUCAUCGAGCCCACGUCCAAGGGCGUGCGGCUGCGGGGCUGUCCCGACGAGCCUGUCUUCGGGUCGCUGUCCGCGCUGGUCUACCAGCACACGGUCACGCCGUUGGCCCUGCCGGUGCCGCUGAGGUUGCCUGAUAGGGACCCCUGGACCGGCGGCAACACGAACGCGGCGGCGCGCGCGCUGCUGGCCACGGGCGCCGCGUGCCACGUGCUGCUGCUCGGCUCAGAGAACACCGAGGCGCUGACUGGCCCCGCGGCUGUUAAGCGAGCUGUGACAAACGUGUUAUUGAAGAAGGGUCAAGCCUACGUGGUCCACUUCAAGGUGUUCGGCGGAGGCAUCACACUGACAGACAACGCACGGAAGCUGUUCUUCCGACGGCACUACCCGGCCGCCGGCGUGUCCUAUGCGGGCUUAGACCCUGACGAGAGGCGGUACCAGCAUAAUGAUAAUGGAGCUGUUAAGGAAAAACGCGUAUUUGCGUUCGUGGCGCGUCUGACGGCGGGCUGCGACAACCAGUGCCACGUGUUCGCCGAGCUCGAGCCCGAGCAGCCCGCCACCGCCAUCGUCAACUUCGUCAACAAGGCUCUCCUCGGAAAUUCACAGAAACGCGACAUAUUAUGAAGAGUUCAAUAGAACGCAUGGAAACAAAAUACGGCGCAGUAUUUGACGGCUGAAAAAUACAUGAAGCGUCGGUGGUGAAUACUACAAACGAUUAACAUUACAAAUUAAUCAAAUAAUGAAUAUUACAACCUAAAAGUAAGCUAAAAGAAAAUAUAUAAUUAUUACCUAUGUAUGUAACUAUUCCUUACUAUAUAUUUGAUAUUCAGAUUUUCACGACUUGUAUUUUAUUGACACUGGAGUUUGGUUAAAGUAUUGGUGUAAAAUUGUGGUUAACAAAGAUUUCCCAUGAUACCUACUCCAUUUUCACCAAGUACCUAUAAUCAUUUAUGUACGGUUAAAUAUAUUAUAUUAAUACUUUAGCAUAGAAAAGAAACUAACUAGUCUCAUGAUUAAUUAAUUUAAUGUAUAGUUAGUAGUGAUAUCAUGCGUGCCUAUAAUAUAUUAAUAAGCUUCAUUUCGUCUUAAAGCAUUAAAAAGUUUAUAUUUUUUUAUUGUAAGUUAUUAUUUACAAACAGUUGAAUCGAAUCGAAUACCAAUAGUAAAGUACAAGCUGAGUUUCUUUGAGUACCGUUCAGGUACACAAAUGAAACCACAGUCCAGAGCUGAAAUCAGUACAACGAAACGUCUUAUGUAUUAUAUAUCGAGCUAUUUACUAAGUACUUACAUGUUUAAGUAACAAUAAAGGCAAUAAAACAAAAGUACAAUACUUUCAAAACAUAGUAUUCAUUGUUUAUUUUAAUAUUAAACUACGAUUCACUAAAACGGUGGUGCUUGUAUAUAGAUGUCUUAGAUUUGCUUCACAACUAUACUACAUAGGGAAGUGCUAACUAAACUUUAAUUGUUACGGUACAUAAUAUUAUAUCUACCAGACUGCACCUACCUAUGUAGGUACUUUCAUUAACAUAGAAGAAAAUUAUGAAAUUGAAUGUUAAACGAGUAGCUAAUCAAUAAAAUUAUAAUAAGAGAUAAGCGACGUCUUACCUCGUUGAAAUUGCCUUAUAAUAAGUACCAGUGAACACAAACUCAUGCUAAGUACAUACCUACAUAAUUAUUGUAACAAAUAACUGUUGUAAAAUGUAUUUAUUGGUUAUUAUUACAUGCAUUAGACAUUA